AUGCCUGCCUUCCCAGAAGAGCCAUUGCUUGCUCCGAACCCGGACCGCUUCUGUAUGUUCCCGAUCCAAUACCCGGAAAUCUGGGAGAUGUACAAGAAGGCCGAGGCCUCCUUCUGGACCGCCGAGGAGGUUGAUCUCUGCCAGGACCUACGCCAUUGGGAAACUCUAACCCCUGGCGAGAAGCACUUCAUCACCCACGUGCUCGCCUUCUUCGCUGCAUCUGACGGCAUCGUUUUGGAGAAUCUCGCCGGAAGGUUUAUGAAGGAAGUCCAGGUGUCCGAGGCUCGUGCCUUCUACGGCUUCCAGAUCGCCAUCGAGAACAUCCACUCCGAGAUGUACAGCCUCCUUCUGGAGACCUACAUCAAGGACUCGGACGAGAAGAACAGGCUUUUUCACGCGAUCGAUACCAUUCCCUGCGUCACCAAGAAGGCCCAGUGGGCCCUACGCUGGAUCGACUGCUCAGAAUCGUUUGCGGAGCGGAUCGUGGCCUUUGCUUGCGUGGAAGGGAUAUUCUUCUCGGGGAGUUUUUGCGCGAUAUUUUGGCUAAAGAAGCGCGGGUUAAUGCCGGGACUGACGUUCUCAAACGAGUUGAUCUCGAGAGAUGAGGGUUUGCACUGCGACUUCGCGUGCUUGCUGUACUCGCUGCUGAGGAAGAAGCUGAGCGAGGAUCGAGUGAAGUCGAUCAUACGAAAUGCGGUGGAGAUAGAGAGAGAGUUCGUGUGCGAAGCAUUACCGUGCGCUCUGGUGGGAAUGAACGGCGAUCUGAUGAGCCAGUACAUCGAGUUCGUGGCGGAUAGGCUGCUGGGUGAGCUUGGUUACGGGAAGAUUUACAAUGUGCAGAACCCGUUCGAUUGGAUGGAGCUGAUCAGCCUGCAGGGGAAGACCAAUUUCUUCGAGAAGAGGGUUGGGGAGUACCAGAAGGCUUCAGUGAUGAAUAGCAUCAACGGCAAUGUCGAUUCGCAUGUUUUCAAGAUGGAUGCGGAUUUCUAA